ACCAAAUUCUAACUUUCCUCCAAUUUUGUGAUCUCCUUGUCGUCUUAUAAUUUGAGAGUCAAACGAACAUUUUGACAUCUCGGUUGAUAUCCGACCAGUCUGUCCACUGCAGCUUUAUCUAGCAAUUUAGAGAGGACAUUCAUACAAAUGACAAACAGAGAAAGUGAUAACGUGCAACCUUGUCUCCAACCUUGUCUCAGCCCUCUUCUACUGUUGAAGUAACCAACUAAUUUUCCAUUUACUUGGACUUAUAAUGAUGCUGUAGAUACACAUAGAUGAAUCCAGUGUAUAUACUUUGCAGGAAAUCCCAAAGCUUCCAAUGUUGUUAAUAGAAAUGACCAUUGUACUGAAUCGAAGACCUUGGAGAUAUCAAUCUUCACGGCACAUCUAGGAGAAAUCUCUGUCUUGUGGUAAUCUUUUACAAGUUCAGUUGCUAAAAGAAGGUUCUCCAUCAACAACCUAUCUUUUACAAAUGUGGAUUGAUUUAAAGAGUUAAACUUUGGCAUAAUACCCUUCAGACAAUUUGCUACCAACUUUUGAUAUCACCUUAUACAGGACAUUGCAACACGAGAUUGGUCUAUAAUAUUUCAUCUCCGUAGCUCUUUCCUUUUUUGGUAUCAAGGCAAGAAUAGCUGAGUUGAUACCUUUUGGAAGGAAGCCUUUCAGAAAGAAAGAUUGUAUCGCCUUAACAACAUCAUUUCCUACUAUCGACCUAGCAAACUUGAAAUGUUUUGUAGUGUAUCCAUCUCGACCAGGUGAUUUGUUGGAUGGCAUAUUAAAUACUACUGCUCUUAUCUCCUCUUCUGAAACCCCACUUAUCAACAUCCUUUGAUCUUCCUCAGUGAAUCUAAACUGGAGUAGAUUCUGAAGAAUCUCAACUGCUGGUGUUUCAUACUCAUGUGAUAUAUAGGCAGGGGCGGACCCACGUUGAAGUUGGUGGGAUCAGCUGACACCACAAAAAAAAUUCCUUAUUAAUAGCAUGAAUAAAAUAAAUUGAACCCACAAACUUUUGAUUCUCUGAACCCACAAAACAAUGUUUGGACCCACAGGCGAAAGCCCAACAUAUUUGGCGAUGGAUCUAACAAUUAGAAAAAUAAAUUUUAAAAAAUUUUGUUUCCUAAACCCUUUUAACAUAUUUAACCUAUUUUUUUCUCUGUUUCUAGAAUAGAUUUUUUAUUGUCUUUUCAACUUCCUUCUCUUCUCUUCUCCAAAUCCAUAGUGCAUUCUAUGUAAACUCAGAUUUUACAAUUAAGCUUUUAUAUUAUUGUCUUUUACUAACGUUAAUCAAUUACUAGGUGAUAACCCGCGCUCUGCGUGGGGUGAGUAGAUUUAAAAAUAUUAUCUUUCAAUUUGUAGACAUAAUAAAGGUUAAAGUCAUAGUAAGAAAAAUAUAUGUAAGAAAGUACGGGUUAUAGCUAAGAAUUUUAGUAUGUCAAUAUAAAUUUAUAUGUGAUCGACUUUAAAAUUAAAUUGUAUAUUUGUUUGCAUAAAGGUAAAUUAUAAAUAUAAGAUUAAAUGAAACAUAAGCAAUAGUUUAAUAAAAUAUAAAAGGAACAAUGUAUCAGAAAACAAAAGAAAAUAAAAAAAAUAGAGACAAAAUAACUGCUGUCAAUAAUGUCUUUAGAAGUCUUCAUUUGCAAUCCUAUUAUGAGCAAUAAAAAAAGAUCAUCUUGCGAAAUUAAACAUAUUAUUUAAAAAAAUCUUCCCUUAGUUUUUUGUGUUUGCUAGAAAUAUAAUGCUAAAGGAGUUUAGAGAAGGAGGAAAUGGUGAGGAGAUGUAAACGAACAUGUCUACUAUUUAUAUAUGAACGGAGCCUAGGUCUUUCCUCACCACGCCAAAGUUAAUGAGGAAGCCGAUAUUUCAGUCUUGAAAUUAAUACUGUAUAUACUACUUGCCUUGUUGUACAAAAUUGUGAAAUGUUUGGAUGUCAAAUAGAUAACAAAAUGAAGUUCUAGUCACGCAAAUUUAAUUUCACAAAUAUUCUCCGGUCGAUUAAGGUAAGUGUAAAUCAAAGAUGGACAAUUUGAAAUUCGUAAUAACUUUGAAAUGGUAUAAUUUGAUUCAAAUAACAUCUAUGGUACUUAAGUUAAAUCCGUGAUAUAGAAAUUUUUUUUUUUAAUUCAAUUUUUUUCCUUGAAUACGCUAACAUUCUAAACUUUUUUUGUAUAAUAUAUUCGAUCCCGUGAUCAAUUCAAUUUGAAAUAACCUUUAAAAUUUGAAGCAUUAAUUUUUGGGAAUAAUCCAUUAAUUGUGUUGCUUUGAAUAUAAAAGAUCAUAAAACGAUUUGGCAUAUUAUACUUUGACUAAAUUAAAUCUAAGAAAUGGUCAUGGUACUUUCAUAUGGUCAUGGCAUAUUACCUCUUCGUACCAUGACUAAUUAGCAUUACAAUUGAAGUGAUAAUUAUGGAACCAGAACAAUUAUGGUUAACAUGCAAUGAAGGAGAUUUGAAGCUCAUAUUAGAUUUUCAAAACAUUAUGAUAAACAUGGUUAACUUGUUGCAGGAUGAGAUAUGAACUGCAAUCAUGGUUAUGAUAUUUUCUUACAAAUGGGCGUAUCAAGCUUAAAGAACCAAUUCGAAGUGCAAAGAACUUAAUAUAAAGAAGUUUAAUAGAUUAAAGAACCAAUCGUUUACUUAAGCUUAAAGAAUUAUCACCACACAUAUACUUGGAUAUAUUGUCAAGGUUCUUCACCGAGGAACAUAAUUAUAACAAUAAAGACUCUCUUUGAAUGGUAAUAAAAUGUUUCCUUAUUUAAAGAUCCGAUUUUUUUAAAGAUCCAAAUGUAAUGUUGUGAAGAUAAUUUUGCUCGAAAAUCUUAUAAUAUAAUGUAAUGACCAGUGACAUUUGUUUGUAAUUAGUCUAGUUGAGGAAGGGCUUUUAAAAAAAUGAGGUGAGAGAGCUUGUGGUGAUGACACCUAGGAAACGACACACAUGUAAUAAACACAUGAAGCCAAUGUUAUUUUUUAUCAAUGCUCCUCAAAUAAUAAAAAAGGGAUAUAUGUAUGUUACAACAAUUUAGUUUUACGUAGUUGUUAAUUUUUUAACAAACUCAAUUGAACUUUUUUUUGUUCUUAGUCUACAGAUGAGAAAUUGUCGCUUUUGUUUUGUUUCUAUGUAUAUUAUAUCUUUUAAUAAUAUAUUUUAUAGUUUUUCAGCAGAAUCAAUGGAAAAGUUUGUGAAUUUAAAAAAGAAAAGAGCCAUCCUCGUCUUGUGAUUUAGAUGAUUUACCAUGGGAUCCUGCUGAUCGGAAAAAAUAUCUGAAUACCCUUCAAAUCAAAGAGAUGGGGUAAUUCGUAGAUAUUUGAUUAGAGGUCCUUGCCAACCUCAUGGUCAUAUCUUUAAACAGAAAAUGAUAUCAGGUGCAAUGAGACGAUUUAAUCAUGCUUGGUUUGAUCAGUAUAAGAACUGGUUAGAGUAUAGUAUUAAGAAAGACGCUGCGUAUUGCCUAUGUUGUUACUUGUUUAGAGAUAGUAAUGGAAAAGGUGGAAAAACUGAUGCAUUGAGUAACAAAGGUUUUUCAAGCUGGAAUAAGUUUAGUAGGCUUGCAGAGCAUGUGGGACAAGCUAAUAGCUUUCAUAAUAAUGCAGUUAUGAAAUGUGAAAACUUGAUGAGACAAGGUCAGUCUAUUAAGCAUGCUUUGCAUAAGCAGGAUGAUAUUACCAAGAAUGAGUGUCGAAUUCGGUUAAAUGCUUCAAUUGAUGUUUCUAGAUAUUUGUUGCGACAAGGUCUUCCUUUUCGUGGUCAUGAUGAGUCAGAAACAUCUGCUAAUAAAAGAAAUUUUAUGGAGCUUCGGAAAUACACUGCUGAGCAAAAUGAAGCUGUGAGUAAGGUUGUCUUACAAAAUGCUCCAGGAAAUAAUCAGAUGGUGUCUUCGAAGAUUCAAAAAUAUAUUGUGCAUUGCUUUGCAGAAGAGGUAAUCAAAUCUAUUUUUGAAGAAAUUGAUCAUGACGUUUUUUGUUUGCUGGUUGAUGAAUCUGCUGACGUUUCCGAUAAAGAACAAAUGGCAGUAGUAUUUUGGUUUGUUGAUAAAAGUGGAAAUGUCAAAGAAAGAUUCAUUAGCAUUAUACAUGUGGCUGAGACAUCUUCAGCAUAUCUGAAAUCUGCUAUUGAUUCGUUGUUUGCUAAGCUUGGGUUGAGCAUAAAAAUGUUGAGAGGACAAGGUUACGAUAGCGCAAGUAAUAUGAAAUGUGAAUACAAGGGACUAAGGUCACCGAUUUUACGGGAAAACACCUCAGCUUAUUGUGUCCAUUGUUUUGCUCAUCAACUUCAAUUGGUUGUUGUGGCUGUUGCAAAAAAACAUUUUGAGGUUGGAGGAUUCUUUGAUAUGAUUUCUCUAUUGUUGAAUGUGGUUGGAGCUUCAUGUAAGAGAAAGUAUAAGAUUAAAGAAGAUCAUAGAAAAAUGAUUGAGGAAGAUAUUCUUGAUGGUAAAAUCAACACAUGAAAAGGGUUGAAUCAAGAGGUUGCUAUUCAGAGACCAGGGCAGACACGUUGGGGUUCUCACUACAGAACUUUGUUGCGUUUGAUUGAGUUAUUUUCUCCCAUCAUCAAUGUGCUUAAACAUAUUCAGAAUGAGAGCUUGGAAGACUCGAAAAGGCGACAAGCAUAUGGUCUUCUUGUAUACUUCCAGGAUUUUGAUUUUGUGUUUUAUCUGCAAAUGAUGGUUCACCUUUUAGGACUUACAGAUAGCUUAUCCAAAGCUUUGCAACAAAGGGAUCAAGAUAUUUUGAAUGCUAUGUCACUGGUGAAGUUAACAAAGAGAUAACUCCAAGAUUUCAGAGAUAAUGGGUGGCAUUCUUUGAUGGAUAAGGUCCUUUCUUUUUGUGAGAAGUAUGAAAUUGAGAAGGUUCAUAUGGAAGAUGAAUUUAUUCACCCAAAGAGACCAAGGAAAAAAACAGGAAUACAAAACAUGCAUCACUACAAGGUCAAUUGUUUAUAUGCUGUUUUGGAUUUGCAACUUCAAGAAUUUAAUGAUCGAUUUACUGAGGUAAACACCGAGUUGCUUACAUGUGUUGCUUCUUUAUCUCCUAUUGGUUCAUUUUCUGAGUUUGACCAAUCAAAGUUGAUGAAAUUAGCCAAAUUAUAUCCAUUGCUUUCGAUCCCGUAAUACCUUGCUUUCCCAUUUUUGAUGUAUCCCAAAGAUCCUGAUCGUCCACCAUUGACUCCGGGAGAUUCCGAUCUGCCAUCGGAACCCUGGAGCCAGCUCUGGUACAGAGCCUCAGUGCAUAUGUCGUACGAAACCCCAAAUCGGCUCAGAAUCAUCAAAAUCGCAUGCUUACCAAAACGGUGCAAAUGUCAUAGUGUAGCUUUUAUGCUAUUUACGUUUGCAUGAGAGAUAUCUAUGAGACUAUUUCUUAAUGUUUCAAGGGUUUAGAGAUUUGAAUUGGUUUUUCAUUAUGCAAUAUUAGUAAGAGCUCUGACCCCUAAUUUUAAGCCUUCACUGUGUCUUUUUUUUUGUUGCUUAAAUGUGACUACAAAUCUAGGCUUUACUGAUACGUUUCAUGUUUGAUAAUGUUAUGUGUUCAGUUUUAAUUGAUGUUAUGGUUAGACAACAUUUUUACUAGCAACUCAAAUGUUUCACACCAAAACCAUUAGAAUGUUUGAGGAUCUUGAGGAUAUUGAUUAUAUAUUGUCUCUGAUUAAAAAAAGUAUUGAAACGGGAGUGAACCUGAUGAGGAUUGAGAUGGAUAUGUUUGAACUUGAAAUUGGCUAUUUGUCAUGACUCAUGAUGUUUAUGAAGAUGAUGAUCUGAUAGUCAGAGCUUGAGAACAGAAUAAUACAAGAAGAUGAGAUGGGUUAUUAAAACUGUAAUUAAGUGCUUUAUAAAGAUAUUGCAUUUUAAGUAGGUUGUGCUAGACUACUUUUUGAGAAACAAUUCUCAAUAAAAUCUAAUAUAUCUAUAAGUAGCCUUGUCUUUGGUUCAGUUUUCCCACUCUACCAAAAUAUGGGAUAAUUUGGUCUCUUUCCAAGGCGAAUCCAUGAUCAAAGUAUUAGCGAGCUUCUACCAAAUCCUAAGAACAUCUUGAACAGUUUUUGAACCGAGUUUGGUCAGGACUCAUACGAUAAGACCAAAAUCGUCGGUGGGAUAGUUCGAACACAUUUUCUAUUGAUCGGAAAGUGUUCGGUUUACAAAUGAGGAAAUAAACUGAAAAGUAAGCUGGUGUUCGGAGAGCUGGCCGGAAAAGUACAAGUCAACAAGAAUAUAAUGUGUAAACCCUAGUUUCUAGUUGCCAAGUAUGUGUGUGAAUGUUCGGAUCCCCCUUCUCCGUCAGUUUCCUCCUCUCUUUAUAGAUUAGUCUUUCCUUCAUGUAUCUUAGGUCAUCUUUAACCUAAUAGGCUCUGGUCCUUCUCGGGCCGAGCAACUGGACCGACAAAUCGAGCUUUAAGCCGAGCUGGUUCGCCUAUCUUGUGGAGCCAAGCAAAGUAUUUUCAAGCCGAGCCCACACCUUUGGUCGAGAGUCGGUAAACCGAAGUGAUGUAUCUAUUCAGCUUAGCGGGUCGGAUCUUCUAUUUUAUCGAACUUGUAAAGGGAUAAAAUUCAUCUCCUACAAUAAG